GUAAGUUCAGGGUCCUCACACACGCCGCCCGCCGCCGCUGACACCUCGCCUCACUUACUUGGACCUUUGCUCCACCACCGGGGUUUCCGUCUGAACGCUGCCAGCGAGAAGAGCACCAUGGCUCGCGUGGGGGUUGACGGGAUGCCGGAGACGGCCGUCGGAGGAGGAGUGAUGCUGAACCGGCGGAGGAGCAAAGCCAGACGGAGGAAGCGAAAGGAGUUGUUCGGCGUCCAGAUGUGCUUCACGGGGGUGGUGCUGGGGCUGGUCGCGGGGCUCCAGUGUGUGUCUCAGAGAGCAGGAUAUCAUGUUUCCAGAGAUGUGGUCCUGGAGGAGGCAAGGUGGGGCAGUCGUCACCUUCUACAAGAAGUCUUUGACAAUGAGUCAAAGCUCUAUUCUGAGCCUGAGAAAAACUGCACUGAACCAGGAAUCCACGAGUUCCCCAGGGAUUACUUCACCUACCAGGAGCGAGCUGAAGGAGCUGUUGGCCUGCAUGUCCUCUGUGCAGUCUACAUGUUCUAUGCCCUUGCCCUGGUGUGUGACGACUACUUUGUCCCCUCACUAGAGAAGAUAUGUGAGCGUCUUCAGCUUAGUGAGGAUGUUGCAGGAGCGACCUUCAUGGCAGCAGGCAGUUCAGCUCCUGAACUGUUCACCUCUAUCAUUGGAGUGUUCAUCACUAAAGGUGAUGUCGGGGUUGGCACCAUCGUGGGCUCAGCUGUCUUCAACAUCCUUUGCAUUAUUGGAGUGUGUGGGAUAUUCACUGCUAAGACGAUCCAUCUGUCCCGCUGGCCUCUGCUCAGAGACUCUGCUUACUACACCCUGUCUAUCUCUGCUCUCAUAGUGUUCAUAUAUGACGAAAAAGUGGUUUGGUGGGAAGCUCUGACGCUGAUUCUGAUGUAUUUCGUCUACAUUUUGAUCAUGAAGAUGAAUUCCCACAUUGUUAAUUUUCUGGAGAGGAGGAAGAAGAACUCGUCCAGUUUGAGGAAUGGAGCUGCCAGUAAUGCUGAAUUAGAUGAUGGCUGUGAUGCUACAGCAGUCCUGUUGAAAAAAGCAAACCACCACAGGAAGCCAUCGGUGCUUAUGGUGGAUGAGCUGCUGUCAGCUUACCCCCAUCAGUUGUCCUUCUCUGAGGCUGGCAUGAGGAUCAUGAUCACCAGCCACUUCUCCCCCAGAACUCGCCUCACCAUGGCCUCACGAAUGCUCAUCACAGAGAGGCAGCGUCUAAUCAACACACGGACUUUGACCAAUGGUGACUCCGACGUUCCAGUGAAAGGAGGAAGUAGGCGGGGCAUAGAAAACGGGCUGUCCGGGGCAGAGAAAGGUGUCAAAGUUCGCCAUGAUGACCGUGAAGCGGGCAAUGAGACGGAGAAUGAAGACAAUGAAAACAACGAGAAUGAUGAAGAGGAAGAAGAGGAGGAGAGGGAGGGACCCUUUGUUCCCUUCCAGUGCCCAGCGGGAGUGUGUAACAAGCUGAAAUGGCUGCUGGCCUGGCCUCUGUGCCUGCUGCUCUACUUCACCGUCCCCAACUGCUCCUUGCCUCGCUGGGAGAACUGCUUCAUGCUGUCCUUCUUCUUCUCCACCUUAUGGAUUGCUGGAUUCUCCUACAUCAUGGUCUGGAUGGUGACAGUUAUUGGCUUCACCCUCGGGAUCCCAGACGUCAUCAUGGGCAUCACCUUCUUGGCAGCCGGCACCAGCGUACCUGACUGCAUGGCCAGCCUUAUAGUGGCAAGACAAGGAAUGGGAGACAUGGCAGUUUCCAACUCCAUUGGCAGUAACGUAUUUGACAUCUUGGUGGGGCUUGGUCUCCCCUGGGCCCUGAAGACCCUGGCUAUCAACUACGGCUCCGAUAUCAAACUGAACAGCAAAGGAUUGAUCUUCUCUGUGGGGCUCCUGUUGGCGUCUGUGUUUAUCACAGUCCUUGGAGUUCACUUAAAUAAGUGGACGUUGGACAAGCGUUUUGGUUUCAUUUGUCUCCUCCUCUACUCCGUCUUCCUGUGUUUCUCCUGCCUCAUCGAGUACAACAUCUUCACCUUUGUCAACCUGCCAACUUGCCGGGAUGACUGAUAAGUGAUCAUGCACACAGGCUCACACACACACACACACACACACACACACACACACACACACACACACACACACACACACACACACACACACAGUAUUAUGUAGAUUGUGGAUGAAUGGCAGAUGAAGCCAGGUGUGGUUCACACACUGUCUCCUGUGAGAGGAGCUCCCACUUUCUUUGUUUUUUUGAUGCUCAGUGCAGCGUGGAGCUGUUCUGGUGUUUGCCCAUCACCAGCGAUUUGAGGAGCAGAGAUGGACUCAUCACAAGCCCUCACACACAGAGGGCAGCACUGACAACAACAACACAAAAAAGAACUUUGAACUCAUUUUGAAACUUCCCAUGUUUAGGUGUAAAAGUUGUGAUGUUUCCUAGCUGCUAACCUUUCCCAAGAGGAAAGCUGUGUCUUUUAGAUCUACUAGUUGAGAGUAAUAAUGAUACAAGCAAUGGCGUAGAGAGGUGGUGGAGGGUGUGUUGUUGUGGUGCAGGUAAUGAAGAGUUUCUUGUCUUCAGGCAGAGAACAUGUGUUUUUUCCAAACACCAUUAUCGUAGGACUAUUUACAUUGCCAUUAUGUUAAUGUAUCAUGAAUACGACAGUUGAGUGCGUUUACUAAAGUUUAGACAUAAGGCUACAGAGCACAAGCCCCCACACCCCCCUACACAGAAGCAGGGCAUUAUCCUGUACUCUUUUUAUAAUUUAACUUCAGUAAUAUCACAUUUGUAGCCUAUACGUUCUGCGUUGGAAGGAUCUUAGCUUUAUGGAGUGAUUUUUUUUUUGUUUCCUUCUGUAAAUAGUGCACCUUUGUAAAUACUCCCAGAUGUUCUAUUUAUUAUUUAUUCAUGUCAGACGCACAUUUCUCCUCUGGAGGCCACAGGUUUUAUUUAUGGAACCAGGCUUGUUGAAAUUCAGACCUAAGAUCAGUUCAGAUGACCACUCUUGUACAAACAAGCACAAUUUGCCCUGAAGGUAUUUGUCCUGUUAAUUUUAAUACUGACUUGACUUCGAUGCAGUUAUGCUUUGUGUGUGUGUGGAUGUAAACUAGAGAAUUCAAACUUGCACUGAAGAUACUAAGUUCACAGGGAGGCUGCUCCUAAUGCAUGCUGAUUAUAAGGAUCCUUGUAAAAUGAAGCAGGUUCAUGUGAAAUAAUCAUGUCGAGGUUUCAGGAGGCAGAUGUUGUAUUUCGGGGGGGAUGAUUGUGGGCAGAUGAUAAGUCUGUACUCAUCCACUUAGUGACGGCUUUUUCUCUUCUCAGAAACACUGACCAAAUAGACUCAGAACAGUGGCAGCAUCACUCAAAGCAACACCUGUGUGUUUGAAUGAGGUUUUCCCUCCGUAGAACAGGUGAGCUGAUCUGUGUUAUCUGCUUGAAGUCAGGUCUUUAAGUGGUCGUAUCAUAGGAGUAGAGUACAGAUGCAAUAUAAAGCAUCAGGACUUUUAUCCCAGCUUGAAUACUUAAUGGUUGGGGUUUCAACUUUAUUUUUUAUCCAGAAUUCGUAUUUUGUAAUGCCUAAUGUUUUAGAUUUGUCCAGUUAUGGUAGGCUUGUGGUACAUAAAUAUUCCUACUAGUUUUUAGAGCAUGUACAGUGUGGUUUGUGAACCCCUACGGGAGAUUUUUAUUCCACUUCGGGAGUCAAGACACGCCAGCAAAGUCCCUCUCUUCCACCACUGUAGAAGUGAACAGUCGUCUGUCAGAGCCUGUUGAUUCUCACACGGUCCAUCACACAUCAGCUGCUCGUCCACGUAGCUUCAUUUCAGACAUCAAGUGGCCUACUCCUGUUUUUUCUCACUGAGGGAAGACAACGUGAAACAAAAAGUCUGGUUUGUUUCAGGUACAUUUUUACAUUUUUAAUUUAUUGAUCAGUAAUAUAAAAUAUCUAUUCUGAGAACUAUUGUCUUUUGAAUGUAGAAAUGAUUAAUGUUGUUUUUGUUUAUGUAUCAAUCAUAUUUAUUUCAGAGACACAGACAUAGCAAUCUGUGAUAUGACCGGAAUACAGGGUUAAACAUGUUUGAAUCUUCGGUAAUGCAAUAACUGAGCUUACAAAUAUGUAAAUAUGCUGUUUUAAGGAAAUUUAAGGGGAAAUUUGUAUUAGAGUUUUAAAAGAUGUAAAUGAUGUCUGUCAGUAUUUGACACUGUAAAAUCUCGUCAGUCUUUGUGAAAUGAUUUAUCAGAACAAGACUGUUAUUAACAUACAGAACUCCAAAUAUCAUCACAAUGAAGGAAAAUUCAAUUAAUAAUGAGUUAAAUGGUUUAAAUCACUGCCAGAUAGAUAGUGGUCACUAUGUUUGCAUGUGUUUUUCUUUGCCAUGAAGUAUCAGGUUCAAAAUGUCUCUGGAUUUCAUUAACAGCUUUUAAAGACAGUUUCUGAUUUUCUUUUACAAUAUGUUGCCAAUGUCCCAUUGUUUCCUAAUCAUUUCUCAGAAUGCCCUCUGAAAGACUAAUUUAACAAAUUAACUAAUUAUAGGAAAAAGAUCAAUAAUUGUAUCUCACAAUUUAUAAAGUAACCAUUCAAGUACUUGAAUUUUAAUUUUAAUGUAAUGUAUUUAGAUGCACAUUUCUGUGGAAAAACGUUUCUCACAAAAAGAAAAAUGUUUCGAAUAAAAUAAAAUUAGAAGUACUCAUGGUGAGUUAUGGUCAGCUCAUCGAGAUUGUAUAUGUCACAUUUUAUUGGGUUCGCAUUUUCAACCCACAGUAAGAUGGUUCCUGGUUCAAAUCCUUCAGGCAGCAUUUCUGUGCAGGUUCAUCACACAGUCCAGAAAACAAACAAACAAACAAACAAACAAACAAACAUGCAGAUUGGGGUUAGAUUAAUGAGAGACUCUAAAUUGAUUGUAGGUGUAAAUAUGAGUGUGACCGGGUGUUUGUCUCUGUGAUGUUGGCUGUGUGACAGACUGACAACCUGUCCUGGGUGUACCCACCCUGCCUCUCACUCAUUUACAGAGCUGUAGGAACACAGCACACACGCACACACCCACGCACACACACACACCCACACACACACACACACCCACACACACACAACAAAGAGCUUGAGGAUUGUGAGGCGUUUCUUUCUGAAUCUGAAUUCAUCUGGUUUUGAUUGGAAUCAGAUGCUCCACUUGUACUUUAAUUUGUUUGGAAUUGUAUGAACUGUAAAUGUAUUUACUUAUAAUGUGUAACAAACUACAGAGUUUGAAAGAUUUUAAUAAGAAUUCAGUUUCUUUCUAGGAAAUGAUUAGCAGGACAUGGGACUCAGACUAUAGUGUUAGCUUAUUAUUUGAAAGUCACAAAUCAACAAAACACUGUUUGUACAUUGAAAAUCAUUUCCAUUCAAAAUUUAGUUUCAGAACACCAACAGUUGGUUAUUUGAAUAUAAUUCAUCAGUGUGUCUUUAUGUAUGUUGUAGAAUUUCUAUCAUUAAAUAAAAUGAUCUGUACUGCUCAUUUUGAUACAGAUAUUUACUCUUAUGUCAUACUGUUUAAGAAUCACUGACUGCAAAACAUCAAUUGUAUAUUAUCAGUAUUAUCAGUAACGGCAUUGUUUUGGUUGAUAAUAUCCAUAUAUCCGAAAAUAUCUGUAUCAUGCACUUUACCAUUUACGCAACUGAUGUCACAGAUUAUUUGGUUCAAUACAUUUUGUGCUGCUAUUCACUGCAUGUACCUAAAACCCAGACAUACGGUACCAUGUCUUUGAAAAAAACCAAACUACCACAAAGACGCUGACAUUUUGAAAUGACGCGUCUUCUAGAGGAGAUUUCUAAAUUAUUUGUGAUAUUCACAUGGGUGAUAUAUUGCUGAUGUACAUAUGUAUAUAAAUGUGUAAAUGUAUUUAUAUAUUUUUUGUCUUAAUCUGUAUAUCUGUUGAAUAUAUUUUCAUAGAUCCUAGAUUGCCCUUGUAUCCCCUUUGUUUCCAUGUGUUUGAGAUCUCUGAAGCUGUUGGUCUUUGUUCACUUGCAUGGAGAUAUUCCAAUAUAAUAAAUAAUUUAUGGUAAAUUUCUAUGUACUUUUGGAAUGAGAGUCAAAUGCGUGUUUAGAUGGCACUGGAUAUCCUAGAUGACUGCAUGCGAGUGCUAAUGUAGGAUAUAAGAGAUGAGUGUUUGCAGAUGAUAAAUCCCUCAAACUAUCCCAGAUUGACCUCUUCCUAUUCUAGAAACUUUUUUGCAGAAUGGUUUAGUUUAUGUUUAUGUUUCAAAUGUAAUUUUAGAGAUCUUUUUGCUACCUGAGCAUUAAUAAAGUUGUCCUUGCUUAAGGUAACACAACCA